AUGGAUGGCUUGAAUGUCUCCAUUGCUUUUUUUUUCCUGGUUGUUGGGGUGUGCCAGGUGCUCAGGUGGCUUUCCAAGAGGCUGCUGUCCCCUGCAACACAUGGCUGCCUUGCCAGGGAAUUUGCUGGCUCGUUCCAGUUGUGCAUGAGCUGCCUCGAGCUGAGGAUGCUGAUGGAGAUCGGCCCUUGGGGUGGUGGCUUCAGCCUGGACCUGGUCCUGACCCUGCUCUUCCUCCUCUCCGCUGUCCAUGGCGCCUCUUUUGAGGGAGCAUCCGCCAACCCGACCGUGUCUGUCCAGGAGUUCCUGCUCCUGGAGUCCAGCCUGGCAGCGAUGGUGGCCAAGCUGCUGGCCCAGGGGGUGGGUACAGGGACGGGCUGGGCCGUCACCCGGCUCUACUGGUCCUGGGAGCUGACACAGCUCCACUUCAUCCAGAACCUGAUCGGGCCGGAGUGCAGCUCCUCCAUCCACACCUCCCUGCCCCACGCUGCCUUCGUGGAAGGCUCCUGCUCCUUCCUGUUCCACCUUGUCUUCCUCAAGGUGCGACAGAGUCACCCCCUGUACCGGGUCCCCGCGCUGGCAGCAGCCAUCACGUUCCUGACCUACACAGCUGGACCGUACACAGGGGCCUUCUUCAACCCUGCCCUGGCCACAGCCACCACCUUCCACUGCUCGGGGAGCAGCUUCUGGGACUACCUCCAGGUUUACUGGCUGGGGCCCCUCGCAGGGAUGCUCGCUGCCCUCCUGCUGUUCCAGGGCAACAUCCCACGCCUCUUCCAGAAAAACCUCCUCUACAGCCAGAAGAGCAAAUACAAGGUGCCCAAGGCAAAGGUGACAGUGCAGGUGGAGGGUGACAAACCACAGAGGAAGAGGAAAGUGGAGAAAAGUAACUUGGAGCCCUGUGCCUGAGCCCAGGGGUCCUGGCAGCCCUUUUCCUGGGAAAGGGUUUCCCGGUGUGGAGGAUUUUGCUGCUCCUUCUGUCCUUAAGGCAUCACAAAGGAAUCCCUGCAGGAUCCCGAGUCCUUGAGCUCCUUUGGGAAUUGCUUUGAAAGCCUCCCUGGAAAGCCUGAAAUGUUUCAAGCCCACACUGCUGCCUCAGAGAGAAAACACUGAAUUUAUUUUGCAUAAAUUGCUGGUUGUCUUGUACUGCCAGGAAUCUCACAGAAAGUUUGGGACCAUUCCAUGGGCAGGCUUGAGCAACUCGGGGUUACUGCAUCGUGCAAUGCCUGAAGUAACCCCACUGGGUCUCUUGCAGCCAUAAAAACAAAGUAUAAGGCUUGGACACUUGGGAUGGGGAGGAAACAGGCUUUGAUCUUUUGAGUUAUUAAUGGAUACUGGUUAAAUAUUGGUGGGCUUUGAGUUAAGCUUGACCUGAAGUCCUUGAAUCGCACAGGCUGGACCUGGCAAGUCUUGGAGAGGAAUUAAAACUGCUCCAAGGCAAGAGAGUUCACUGGCCAUGGGAGCCCCUGCUCCUCUGGGGAUGUGCUUAGCCUGGGUUUUGGUGCUGUAAAGCAUCAAGAAAUGGUGCACAAAGGGUAUGUGGAUAAAAAAAAAGAGACCCAGACAGCUGCUGUGGUUGAGCAAAUGCAUCCCUGGCUCAUCCAUGUCUAUGUGAA